AGAACCACACUGUAGUAUGUCAGCCAUUAUGCGUAGUGCUAGUCUAGUGGUUUGCAUUUCAACUUUGGUGACAUGUGUCAGCACCGCAGGUAUUUUGUAUCCACGAGAGUCCGAAUCUCGGGAAGUCAAAUCACUGGAUGGCAUGUGGAAUUUCAGGCUAUCUCUUCCCGACCCCCUCGUCGGUUUUAAGGAACGCUGGUACAUGAAAGACUUAAGCAAGACCGGUCCAGUGAUGCAAAUGCCAGUGCCCAGUAGUUACAACGACGUGAUGGUGGACAAAAAAAUCAGAGAUCAUGUCGGUUUAGUUUGGUACGAUAGAUCGUUUUUUGCGCCUGAGUCGUGGAGGCAGCAGGGUUAUAGAGUUUUCUUAAGAUUUGGCAGUGUUAAUUAUGCGGCUCAAGUUUGGGUGAAUACACAUUUAGUACUCAAUCACGAAAUAGGACACUUGCCUUUUCAAAGAGACAUAACAGCCAAUCUUAAGUUUGGACGUCUGAAUAGAAUAACCGUAGCCGUGGAUAACGUUUUAUUAGAAACGACUGUACCACAAGGAUCUUUACAAAACAUUAGCACAAAUGAUGGACCUAAGACGAUACAAACGUAUACGUUUGACUUCUUCAACUAUGCUGGUAUACAUAGGUCCGUGUUCUUGUACACAACGCCUAUUUUGUACAUCGACGAUGUCGACGUGACGACCAAUUUCACUGAGGAUGGCGUUGGCAUUAUUAACUACAGUGUAAAAUAUGGAGGAUCUCUGAACAGUGGUGAAAAUUUAAGUUGUUCAAUAACAGUGUUGAACAACGAAAACGUGCGAGAAAAAAUCACCGUGAUCACUAACGAUGAAGAAGGUCUGUCGGGUAUUAUAAAAAUCGAAAACGCGAAACUGUGGUGGCCAUAUUUGAUGCACGAAGAACCGGGAUACUUGUACACGUUGGAGAUCCGGCUUUCGACCACUUGGAAUGUGGACGACGUAUACCGAUUACCGGUCGGGAUCAGAACGAUCAAGUGGACGAAUACGGAGUUCCUCAUCAACAACAAACCUGCGUACUUGAGAGGGUUUGGACGACACGAAGAUUCAGAUAUACGAGGUAAAGGAAUGGACUACGCGCUGGUGACCAGGGACUACGACCUCAUCAAAUGGGUAGGAGCGAAUUCUUAUCGGACAUCUCACUACCCGUACGCCGAAGAAAUCAUGGAUUUUGCCGACAGACACGGCAUAAUGAUCGUAGACGAAUGUCCCAGUGUUGAUACCGAUCAUUUUUCGGAUAAACUACUGAAGAAGCAUAUUACGAGCUUAGCGGAACUCAUCAAGAGGGACAAAAAUAGACCUAGUGUGAUUAUGUGGUCCAUUGCAAACGAGCCACGAUCGGAUCACAAAGACGCCGAUUCGUAUUUUAAGUGAGCGCUGUUUUAACUAUUUUUUAGACGAAUA